AGGCGCCGACCAGGUCCCAGAACGAACUAAUAGUUGGAUGGAUAGACGGGGUUUUUACAGCUGAGUACUUCCACUAAUUGAUGAGCAUCGAUGUCAUUAAUGGUUUUAUAAUGAACUGAACGUCGAGCGGAGAUCGGAAUCGCACACAUUGGGGUCGCGCUGCCACCCGCAGCCCCACCCGCACGUCCACCUAUACGCUUGGAGUAUUAUCGUGAGUUGUUUUUGGGAUAGCAGCUGGACGACUCCUCCAGCACGCACACACACCAAUGCAGCUAGCGCUGACACCCCCCCUGCUCCACCCGAGCGGUUAUCGAUACAAAGCAGCGUAGCAGCAGCAGCAGCAACGACGCGUCGGCACUCUUAUCAACAAACAACACGCACACACAACACCACACCACACAAUCAGCAGGCAGCAGGCAGCAGGGCAGGUCGACGCAACGACGUCGUUACCACAUACUCCACCGUUUCCCCCCGCUGUGGGUGCACAAGCACAUGUAGCUGGGCUUGGCGGCGUCGACGGACGAGCGAAUUGUACAUUAGUUUAGUUGCUCAGCUCCGUCUGUGAUUGGAUUAUAAAGUCGGUCUCUCUGCUCCUCAAAUGAAGAAGUUCCUAUCGCAGAGAAUGCUUAGCCUGGAUCACUCCACGUUCAAUGACGAUGACGAGGAGGAUGGCAACGACAACACGUAUGGCGGUGAGCACAGCAGCAUGAUGACGCAGCAGCACGAGCCAGAGAAUCAGCAGCAGCAGACACAGCUGCCGCCAGCUGCACAACAGCAGCAGCAGGUGCUGCCCCAAGCACCGCAAAAGCCUCUGGCACCGUUUGCCCUGUUCUUCCGCGACACUGUGACGGCCAUAAAGCAGCAGAAUCCCGCAUGCUCCCUCGAACAGAUAUCCGUCAUUGUGCAGACCAUGUGGGACUCUCUGGACGAAACGCAGAAGAACGUGUACAUGCAGAGGCACGAGCAGCAGAAGCACGAAUAUGUGCGCCUCGUGCGCGACUAUCGCCAGCAGUUGUUGGCAAUAGAAGUCACUCCUAUGGAGGCUAGUGCCAGCGUCCCCGAGGCUUCCGUGCCAGCGGAUCUGAUCACGUCAAACAUUGAAAUGAGCGGCGAGCAAACGACAGCUGUGGCGACUGCCACACCCACUGAAGCGCCGCCGGAGCAAAUCCAAUUGCUUACCGAGGCGGCCCAGGCGCCAAAAUGCACGCGAGAGCAGUGCAACAAGCCGGCAAUCAUCAAUCCGGACUGGGAGGAUGAGUACUGCAGCAACGAGUGCGUGGUCAUCCACUGUCGCAACGUUUUCAACGAUUGGGCGCUCUCCCUAAAGAACUCUCCCACCUAGGGGCGGGGGGACAUCCGACUGAAACACCAAACUAAGAUUAGUCUUUGCGUUUAGUUAAAAUCUACCAAAAUGCAUUGCUCCGCUCCGUGGGCAAGCAAUCAGCUGUUAUGCACGUUUGUGGCGUUGCCAGCCUCGAGAAAAACGAAUUGUCGUGCGCCGUUAAAGCGGGAGGGGGACUACCAUACAAACAAAAUUGUGAUGCAAUUUACGAUACGGAUAAUUACAUAUUAAUUUAUAAUGUAGGGAAAUGACCAUCGAAUCUGAUUUUAAUAAAAGAUAUGGCAGGAUAUAUUGUAACUUUUAAUAAAUACACACAUUUAUUACUUCUUGCAA